AGCUAGUUAAUGUACUGUUUAGGUAAACAAAAAUCACGUGCGACUUUUGCAUGCGGCUUGGAAAUAAUUUAGGAAGCUUGCUUUAUUUUUUAUCUUCUUUAUUGUAAUUAUGCGUGCAGAGGAGAUAACUUGGAGAAGACAAAACUCAUUUGAUGAACAUUCCGGAGCCGAACAUGGUGGAAAUAGUAUUAAAAGAAAACGGGGGAGACCAUCUAAGAAGCAGUUGCUGUUGAAACGGCUGACUGCAGUGUCAGACUCAGCUGACAAUAGCUUGUAUGCGGAACAUCGAAGAAAUUUAGAACAUGAAGUAAGUGAAGAUAGUUGUCAGAAGAGUAAUAUGUGUUUAACAAACAUUCAGCAUAGAUCUUUAAUGGAAGGUAAAGUUACUAAAUCACAAGUGAAACAACUAGCUGGAGAACUAAACCUGCAGCCUGAUUCUCAACAACACCGAGUAGAAAAAGGAAGAGUUGGGAAACUGAAUAUUUGUGCUGACCCUAAACUAGUGGGUAAAGGAAACAAAACAUGCUCAGAUCUAGAGUGUAAGACUUCAGAGGCAACUGUGAAAUACAAUUUAACAGAGUUAUGUUGUGUAGUGCCAAAAAGGGAAAAAUUAAACAGUAGGAAAAGAGGUGGUGCAAAGUCUACUACUGUUGGGGGCUGUACAGGGGUUGUUGCCGAUGAAAGAUUAUCACAAUUGAAAAAACAGCACCUAGAUCAGGGAAGUACUAGACAGGACUCGGAACAGUUGAAGCCAAAGACUGAAGAAGGAAAAGGGGCAACGGAAAAGUUAAAAAGACGAGGUAGACCUCCUAAGUUGAAGCAACAAUUACCUAAACCAUGUAUGGCUACAAACAGUAAGCAGUGCAGGCAAACAAAAUUGCUGAUUAGCCCUGAAGCUGAAUGUGAUCAUAUACAAACACCUAAAUGUUUUAAUAAGCGACAAAAGCAAGGUAGAACCAAAGACACCAUUAUAGAAAAGACCACAAGAAGCAGAGGUAAGCCUAAAAAAUUAGGAUGCCUAACUGUUGAUGUGGACAGUAGAGUGGCUAAGCAUAGUAGAAUUAAAUUGGAGGAUGUGACUGAAAAGACUUUAAAAAAGAGAGUAGGGUCUCAAAAACUGAUGUCUAAAGGAGAUUUAGUGGAAGGUUUGGGUAAGCAGUGCAGAAGAAAGAAAACCUCACAUAAUUAUCAAUACUUGGUUAAUACUGUAAAUACUGCCUUGAAACCCCCCCAGAAUUGCUGUGAACAUGGAUUGGAGAAUGCAAGCAACCCAGGUAGGGUGACAGGGAGAAAAAAGAAAGGGCGAGCUUUUAAGAUGGUCUUAUUAAAUGAGCCAGUUCAGGACAUGAACACAGCAUCAGGAAUACACAGUGUGUGCAUAUGUGAAACGUGUGGUCCCAAAUCUAAGCACAUUUGCAAAGUAGGGCAUAAUACCAUUGUUCCAUUUGUGAAAAAAUAUUGUACAGAAUCCGAUACCUUACAGAAAGUACAAACUUUAACUGGAAGUGGCAAAACGAUGAAAAGAUUAAAAAAAAGUGGCAAAACACAUAAUAUAGAGCAGUCUGAUUCUGGUGCAUUGUGUGAAGCUGUAUGCAGUAGGUCUUUAUUGUAUCCAAAGAAAAUUGAUAGCAAGAACAGUAUGCAGCCUGUUGUGUGCCUCAAAAAAAUUUCUGCAGAGUUAGAAAUGCAUCUGGAAGGAGAGAAAGGCAGUAUGUUAAGCCAAGGUAUGGAACUUUCUGUAGGGCAACCAGAUACUAUGCACAACAGUUGUAUAUCUGAGAAUUGUGCAAAUGAGGUAUUCAUAACAGAAAGUCAUAUUACUAACAUGCAGUAUUCUGUAGAAAAUUGUUUUGGAAUAAGUUCCACAGAACAAAAACUGCAGAUAGAAAAUAAAAAAUGGGAUGAGCAAAAAGGCAAAGAAAAAGAGAGACAGGGCCCUUUUUGUCUGGAAACUGAGAGGUGUAAGAAGAGGAGACAGAGUAGUGGUGUACUUGAACUGACCACAAAAAAGCCAUGUUCAGAAUGCUAUCAUAGUAAAGUGGAAAGUAAUAUUAGAAAGCCACUUGUGAAAAAUGAUUGCAUUGUCAAAAAGAUGAGAGCGCGAAGCAAAAACCAUGUGAAAAUAGGCAGAAAGACUGAAUGGGUAAUAGACACUUCACAAAAUGGUAAAAUCUUUACAAAUUCAUUUGAUGAUUUGAAGGUAGCACAAACUGUUGUGGAAGCAGCCAAGUGUACACCCUAUUUUAAAUGUGCAGGUGUUGACAACAUUUUGAGUCAGGGGGGAGAUAGUUGUAGCAACUGGCAAGACCAUGUGUUAGAGACGACAGUGGAAAAGGGUGCUUUUGAAGGUGGGUUACAAGCUGCUGUUCCUCGGAUGAAAGAGGACCAGAAUGAAGAUGCAGAUCUGGCUGGCUGUACAACCCAACAUGUGUGCCCAAAUCAGAAAACAGCAGAAGGUAAUGGUAUUCCAGACCAUCUAAAGAAGAUUGGAUCAUCCAGAGUAGUAAAUGCUACUGUUAACAGUAGUUUGGUUUCCAAAUCAUCAGACACCUCCACUGUUGAAUUGAAUGCGCAGACCACAUGCACAGAACUUUCUCGUGAUCAGUUCCUGAAUUCUGCAGUUGUGAAGAGCAAGGAACUGAAAGCAUUGUUUUCACAAUGUGCACAUUCAGCUUUUCAGGUGUUAACUCGAACAAGAAGUAAAAUGAAAAGCAUCUAUGAUCAUAAUCAGAAUGGUGAAGAGACUUCAUGUACAGAUGUUACUGUACCAGUACUCAGGAAAAAGAAUAUGGAACUGGACAUCAGUUCUUGUAGAGACAGAUUUCAGUCUUUCCUCAUUGAUGAAAGUAAUUCAUCUAAGAUUAUGCAAAAAGUGCAUAACUGUAGUGAAAAUAACUUAAUUUUCCCAGGUAAAGGAGAUAUGAGUGUUUGCAACAUUGAAGUGACUGGAUUUAUGCAGUCGUCUGGAAAAUGUAAUUUACUUUCUGCCACUGUAGGGGAUCCGGUCUGUUUUACAAAUCGGGAAUCCUUUGCUAAUGCAGGGUGUAGCAGUGAUGUACCUGCAAAUCAAAUGAAUGGGUGGAAUACACCACCAACAGAAUGUAAACCAGGUAUUUGUAAAACUUUGAGAGGGAAGGGCAGCCAGUGUGAGAGAGGUGCAUCCAUUGGCAGUGUAGUAUCUGAAGAGAGGGAGAAUGUACUUCAGCGAAAAGAAUUUGAGGACCAUAACCAAACUGAAUCUUUUAAAUGUGGGACAAAUAAAACCGAUCUUUCCCUUGGUGAACGGAAUAGUAUAGGACAUUCUGAAGGAAAUGGCAAUGUGGAACGUGGCCCAUUACAUUCAGAGUCUUCAGAAUGCCUUAAUCAGUCGGUGGGCAUUUGUAGAACUUCAGGUGAUGUUCAGCAUGCCGCAAGACAGACUCCUUCAUUAGGCUGUCACUUUUUAAGCCACGAACAGGUUAAUGAAUUGACGGAGAAUACUGUUCAGUACAAUGUAGACAAUGCUGUCCUUACUCGCUUUGUAAAAGAGCGUGAGGCAGCUGCAAUUUGUGAGGUGGAAGAAGAAUUUCAGCCUUUUAGCUGUCAAAGAACAGUUGAGUUCACUGGAAAAAGAAUUAGGCCAGUUUUUUCUUGUGCUAGGACUUUAAAAUUGUGUGAAGUGAUAGGUAGUCGUAAGAAAGAAUCUACUCCUGUUCCAUUCUAUGGUUCACUAGAGCAUUCUCAUCAAAACGCACAGGAUGUGUGUACUGAGAGUUUAGCCUUCGAGGAUAGAGAAGAUACAGAGGUGCAGCCUAUCUCAGGAGGACAUUUCUGUGGAUGUUCUGGAGAUGCUUAUAGGUGUGUUUCUGCUCCUGGACACAGGAGUCCUGUAUCAGUGCCUUUUGCCAUGGAAGAAGGCUACAAUAGUUCUGAAGUUCACAUUUGUAGAGCAAACUCUGUAUGUAGUGAACCUGAAAUAGUACCAGUUGCAGAUGGCCCUUCACAUGAAAAUAAUGUUGAUGCUUCAGGCACUGAGACUGUUGCCAGCAGAGAAGCGUAUCUUGCCAUAUUAAAUGAGUCUGUUGGAGAAUAUGAGAAUAAUGGUAGUUCUUUUUCCACUGUAAAGCAUGCCAUACGUGAAGAUGAAACUGUUUUGUCAAGGGAAAAUUCAUGGAAGAGUUCUAGAGAUGCUGCCACUUGUAGUUUUUCUGAGCACAGUGGUGAUAUUCCCUCAUUUGAUUCUGACAAAUCGUCUGAGAAUGGGGGAGAUGAAAAAAUACAUAAUUUCUCAGUUAAUUCUGACAGCAGUACUGAUGGGGGUUUUGUUCAGACUUCUGAAUAUGGCCUUAAUGUAGAGGAAUAUUCUGUUCCUGUAAAAUGUUCACCCAGUAAUUCUGAGAAUACUAAUAGUGUAGCUGCGGAAGACAGCAAAAGUGUGGCAACAGAGUUCAUCUCAGGAGAGUCGUCUUAUAAUAAAACGUUAACAAGCGCAUCCCCCAGUGUUUCUGCAUUUGACCAAAGUGAGAAGACUGAAUUGCCCUUAAAGUUUUUGCAUACAGCUGAUCAUGGAGAUGCAUUUACAGUUUCUUGCUGCUCUGAAAUUUCAGAAUUGGUGGAUGUUAGGACUGGAAAUAACUCCCCUGAUGAAACUUGGUUAGUUUUGAGUUGUAAUGCACAGUUUACAGUUAGCAACAGUAAUGAAGUGGUUAACAUGGACAGAAUAUCUGAAACCUGUACCACAGACAGCAUGGACGAGCAUGGUGUGGCCGAAGAUAGGUCUGCAAAUGCAGCUUGUUCAGUAGAUGGACAAAGCUGUACUCUGAAUGUUCCUGAAUGUACUCCACAAGAAGUUGAGAGCAAUACUUCACCCAUGCAGUGCGACAAGCCAGUUAACUUUUUAAAGUCCCCUGGGAAAGUCAAACAAAAGACUGAUUUAAAAUUCAGUUUUCAUGAGAAAAGAUAUUUGUCCAGUAACUUAAUGGACUUGAGUAAAAAUAAAAAAAAUAUUUCCCCUGAGCAGCAUGAAAAUAUGCUUGUUCCUAGAGACUGUAAAGAGGUGGCCAGAAAAAAAUCUUGCACACGAAGUUUUUCUAAAACAGAAACUUGUUAUAAUCUGGUGAAUGAAAUGGAAGAUGGUCUUUUUAUGGAGUCUGUUGACCAGACUGCUAUAUACAAGAGCCCCAAAGAAGUCUGUCUGAAUUCUUCCAAGUGGCAAGAUAUGGCAGAUUCAUUGAGAAUUUCUUCAGAAUGUACUAAUCCUGAAGUAAGAGACAGUAAACAGCAGCUGGUUACCAAACAUGUUUCAGUUUGCCUUAAUCAGAAAUGCAAGCCAUCCAAGAAGGUGCUCCUUAGUAAACUUGCUUCCCAUGUGAAUAAAAGAGAGAGACAUAAAAAGACUGUCAAAACUUGUGGAAAUACCCAAACUCUAGAUAUUGAUAAAGCAUAUGAAGAUGAUGUUCUUUUGUUGGAUGUCGUUGGGGAUGACCCAGAACUGUUUGGAAACCCUGGUAAUUGGAAUUUAGUGACUGAUAUUUCUGAAGUGCAUGCUGAUACCUAUGGUGACCUUCCCAUCCCAGUUGCAAGGACAGAAGAAAAUCAUACGGACAGUAGUAAGGACCUUCCUGUGCCAGAGCCAGCUCCUUUGCUGGAGAAUGAAAGAGAUGUUCCCUUGUGUCAUGGGUGUCUAGAAUAG